GACUGCCCAGCCACUCAGCCAAUAGCUGCAGAGUUGGGCAGAGUCAAUGCCAGUCUGUUUUUGACUUGACAUGAGUCCUGCCUUCUCGUUUCUUGGGCUGCUUUGAAGGUUUGUGUGGACACUUGCGUUAAGGGAAAUAAACUAGCCCUGGGUUAUUUAUUUUUGUUUUCUUUUUGUGUCUCUUAAUUGAGAGACAGACCCUUAUAAUUGAACAGACUAUUGGAACUACAGCAGACAGCCAGCAUGUCCAGGUGCAGAAGACAAGUGAGUGAAGACCCAGAUAUUGAUAAUCUUCUGGCCGACCUCUCCCCAGAGGAGAUGAAGGAGCUGGAGAAAGAGCUGGACGUUGAGGACCCAGACUACAAAGUGCCUGUGGGUUUGAGGCAGAGAAACCAGACCGACAAACACCCCUCCAAAUGCUACAACCGAGGAGCGAUGCUGGACUACUGCGAGCGAGAAACCAAGAAGCUGAUUGAGAGAGAGCUGUCCGUCGAGCAGGGAGAGGAAGAACCAGACAGCAGAGAAACCAAAGCCAGUGAGCCAGAAAAGCAAGAUCCGGGGAAAGACAACAGGAAAGAGGAUCGCCUGAGAAGAAUGGGCCGGAGCCGCGAGGAGAGGAGCAGCCAAUCAAACAGCAAGGAGACGCAGGAGAAGAGCGAGCAGGCCAGAGAGAAACCAGAGAAGAAGACAGGGAAGGAGGAAAGGACAGCGACGAAGGAGGACAAGAAAGACACCGAUAAGGAACAGAAGUGCGUGGAGUCCGAAAGCAGAGACGAGACGAGCACCAAAACCUCCCAGUCAGAAAACUGCCCUGCUAAAGACGUGACGGACAGCCCUGUAAGCAAAGUGAAAGAGGAGGAGGAGGAGGACGAGGAGGAGGCUGCCCCCAGCAUCUUCGAUGAAACCCUGGAGAAAAUCCAGAACAACGACCCCGAGCUGACCGAACUCAACGUGAACAACUCUGAAGUGAUAAAGACUGAUAUGCUGAUCCGCUUCUCCGAGGCCCUGAAGACCAACACCUUUGUGAAGGUCUUCGCCUUGGCUAACACCCGGGCCGACGACCACGUCGCCAUCGCCAUCGGCGCCAUGCUGAGGACUAACAAAACCGUCAAGAGCCUCAAUCUCGACUCCAAUCAUCUCACCAGCAAGGGCAUCUCCGCCGUCGUCAGAGCCCUGCAGUGCAACUCCACUCUCACCGAGCUGCGCUUCCAUAACCAGAGGCACAUCUGCGGAGGCAAGACGGAGAUGGAGAUGGCCAAGAUCCUGAAGGAGAACUCCACCCUGCUGAAGCUGGGCUACCACUUUGAGCUGGCCGGUCCUCGGAUGACCAUGACCAACAUCUUGAGCAGGAACAUGGACAAGCAGAGGCAGAAGCGCCUCCUGGAGCAGAAGCUGGCCCAGGGAGACGGGGAGAAGAAGAGCUCGCUAGAGGUCCCCAAGGUGGAAGGCUUUAACAAGAGCUCCCCCAGGCCAUCCCCGCAGUGCUCCCCUAGAUCUUCCCCCUGGUCCUCUCCGAAGGUCACCCCGAAGAGAGCGGGAGGACCCCCGCCUCCACCCCCACCCCCUCCCCCUGCACCCCCGCUCAACGGGGAGAACCCCAGGAACUCCCUGAGCCCUGUCUCUGAGAGGAAGCUGGAGGGGUGCUCCUCACCCCCUGCUCAGGAGAAGAACAAGCGGGACCAGCUGCUGGCCUCCAUCCGCUGCAGCAAUAAGAAGGGUCUUAGAAAGGUUGAAGUACCCAAGCUAUUGCGAUAAGGAAGGACAUCUCAUUAACCUUGAGGAGAUUGCAGCCCUCAUCUUCAUGACUUUUCAAACUAGACACCAGGAUGCAGUCUCGCCGCUUCAGAAAUGCAAGGGUCUUUGUUCACACGCCUCGCUGCACUCUGGAACUUUGAUCUGAAUUGACGGCUGGCCUCGGUCUGGUGUUGGCUGCCUGCGGUGGAUUCAGCAGAGAGAUUAAAUUGAAAGCCUGUUGUAUUGUUAAUUUGUUAGGCGUUGUGAGUAAGCGCUUGUCGCUUCUUGGUUUUUUUUGUGGGUUAUAUACCACACUGUGUAAGGCUGUUGAAAUGUGUGCAGGAGGUAUGGGAUGGGAUGCAGUCUGUCAGUAAGUAUCGUAUUCAGCGGAAUGACGGUUUGCUGGGAAUAUUCCAAAGGUUUUAAACAUUUUAGAAGGUGGAAAAGAAUGGUUUUUAAUGGGUGAGCUUGUGGGAUUGGUUAGUCAUUUGGGAGGCUGUAUUUUUAGAUAUUAAGCGGGUAAUAUUAACCCAAUUAGAAAUACCUUUUUCUUACAGUUGAAAUGUCUUAUACUGGACUGACACAUACAGGACACAUAACAAGGCGAUGCCAGUCCUCAGCUACUUUUGUACUCUUUGCUUUAUCCUUCUUAUUCGACGUCUUCUAUAUUAAACUCUUUUAUGUGCAUUUGAAGAGCGGACGGUGAUGUAUCCAGAGAGACCAAGAUAUCUGGUGAGGGAGCGGUCUGAAUGGGUCCAAAUGGGCACUCCAGGUAACAGACAGGGAGCUCAGCAAUAGCUUUGACUGUGCGCAGCAGCAGCACGGGACACAAGGCUGUAAACAUUCCAUCACAGCUCUCCCAGCUGCUGUGCUGCAGAGACAACGUGUACGUUUAUAGAAAGAUAGUGUUUUAAAAAAAAAAAAAAAUUAAAUAAGGAGGUACGUGCAUUUUAAAGAACCAUUGAACGACAUUCCUUAUUAGCGCACUUGAAAUGCAUUCAAAUAUGAAUCUUCAAAGGCAGACCUAUGAAGGACCGCCAGUGGGAAGAAUCUGUUUCCCUGUUGCGUGGUGAGAGGUCCUGCUUGAAGUUCUGAAGACUGUGGACCACUUUCAUAAUCACAUGUGUGUUUUGAGUCUGUUAACACCCUACAAGGAUUAGCAUGGCUGCAUGCAAGGUUCAUGUUUCAGUGAUGCUUUAAAUAUUACACAGAACAUGUACAAUACAAAGGUACACUGUGGGUAAAGUUAAUGCCAUCAGUAAUUUCAAGACAGAAUUUUAAGGUAAAACCUUUUUUUAAAAGUCAAGACAGAUGCACCUUACUGGCUGAAAUGCUUGUCUGCUUGACUUGCAUCAUCACAGUUCAUAGUUUGUAAAUGUUUCUUUUUAAAUGAUAAUGUAUGGUGGCAGAUCCCUCUUUUUUGACAUCUUCACUUCUUUAUUAUAAAGUUUGGGGGGUAAAUCUAAAUCUCUAGUGAAAUACUUUGUUCAAGGCCAUAGGCACUGCACAGAGCAGUGAAAGGAUAAUUUAAACAAAGGCUUUGUUACACAGUAAGUUAUAUUUUCAGCAAUACAGUAGAAGACUGCUUACCAAGAGUUUUCAAUGAUUCAAGUGUACAAAUAUUUAUCUACAGGGGAGAACUGCCAGUGCGUUUACCAGCAUGUAAAUAUGUUGUAGCUUGACCCUAUUUUUCUAUAGAAUUUUGAUAUACUGUAUACUGAAUAUGUCAUCGUUUGGAUAUGUAAACCCUGAUUCAAUAACAGACACACUGGUACAGUAAAUAAACUUCUCACCAUCAUUAAUAAUCAA